AUGGGGGGGCAAAAUCCAAAACAACACCCACUUGACAAUACAACCUCUCACAAUGUAAAUAAUAAUUUUUCACAACCAACAAAAUCACAACAGCAACAGCCACAACAUCAACAACAGCAACAUCAACAACAGCAACACCAACAACAACAAUACCAACAAAACCAACCACAACAACACCAACAACAACAACAACAACCACCACAAAUAAAACAACCACAACAAGAAUACCAAUCAUUUAUUGCAAAACCUGUUGCAAGAAGAGGACUUUCACAAUCACCAGAAUUCUCAAUUUCCCCACCCUUUGAUAUUCCCAGAAAUAUAACAAGAUCACCCACACCAAUACUAUUAGAUGGUAAUAAUACCGGAGGAAGAAAUAUUAAAAUUAGUGGCGAUGAAGACUCACCAUUCUCUUCCCCAACUUAUAAAAUGAUGGAAUCACCUUUCCAAUCAACCGCCCCAAAUAAUAACAAUAACAAUAAUAAUAAUAACAAAAUAAACUCUUCACCAUUAUUCCCAGGUGUUAAAAGUCCAUUUAAAAACAAUGAACACAGAGAAAGAGAUUAUAAUUAUGAAAUUGAUUCAUUUUUUAGAACAAAUAAUAAUUCCAAUAAUAAUUUAUCAAAUAUUUUAAAUAAUAAUAAUAACAAUAAUAAUAAAUAA